AUGAAUACUUACUUUGACUAUUUUUCAAGUGGAGACGUUUUAGCAUUGUCAGCUAAGUUUUGCCAUGCUGAACACAGGCCUGGCCCCCUUCAACCUUAUUCCGUUCCCGGAGAGAGUAUGGGGAGUGUGUCAGUAGGUGCAAAUUACCAAGAUCAGCAUCGAUCUCACACUCGUUCACCAAUCAUGUUUCCUCCGGGUACUUUACCAAUACCCUACGAUAGCAGUCAAAAUGGUGCCGAGUUCAGCUACCUGGGCCAGGAUGCAGGAUAUGGUUUAGCAUAUGGAUGUCAUAUCGAACCAGACGGCAGCGGGCCACAGGUCCAGUACAUGACCUCUGUAUGCUCAGGAAAUAGAUCAUUUCCACAGAACCAUGGACAAUCUGGUUUCAACAGCCCUGGCGAGCAAGAUCUUUACAACCAAUGCAAUAAGGAACAGCAGGAUCGUGAUAUUUAUUUAGGAAGUUAUCAAAGUCUUUCACCUUCUCAGGAAAGUUACCUAAAACUAAAUUCACCAAGAGAUGAGGCACCGGUCGCAGUAAAUACAUUUGAGUGGAUGAAAAUCAAAAGAAACAACCCCAAAACUAGUAAAGUGACCGAAUGUGGAUUGACCAAUUCUGUUGGUACAUCUCGGACGAAUUUUACUACCAAACAACUCACAGAACUCGAAAAGGAAUUCCACUUUAACAAAUAUCUAACCAGAUCCAGGAGAGUGGAGAUAGCAACAACGCUGCAGCUAAACGAGACCCAGGUGAAGAUCUGGUUUCAGAACCGGAGAAUGAAACAAAAAAAGAGGGAAAGAGAAGGUCUUGCAGUUUCGGCUCCCUUUAGCUCAAAUAACUCAGACACCUCUGCUUCAGAAAACAGUUCUCCAAUUUCAUCUCCUUCUUGCUCUCCAAAAAGUUCUGCAUGAAUGUAGAUCAAUUAUAUUUAACUGAUUGUAUGUUUCCGGGUAUUUUCAGUGGGGGUUUUAUUUUAUGUGAAUGCAACAUUUUCCUUAAGUAAGGGCUAAAAAAAAUCUGCAUUUUAUUACAAUUUGAAAAAUGUGACCAAUACAUCAAUUCAGGGACCUUCCCAUCUGUCAGGUACACAGAAUUGCAAUAAUCUUUUAACUAAUAUUUGUUUUAUUUGGUUUUUGUCAAUGAACAAAAACAGUAAACAAAAAAUAAUCCAGUAUUCAUUGCACUAAUGUUUCGUUAUGAUGCUAAAUUAUUCCUGUAUAUUUGUAAAUAUUCUAUAGGUAUAGUUUUUUGUUUGUUUGUUUUCGUUAUGUAAGUUGUCCCAGACAAUAUGUUUACUUUGUUUUUUUUAUUGAAAUGAUUGUUUAUGCCAAACACAAGUAUUGCCUUAUUAUUACCGAAUUGCUUUAAAAACAGUUUACUGCCUGCCAACCAAAGGGUUAUUGAAAGCUGCUAUACAUCUCUUCAAAUUAUCCAAAUGUAAAAUACCAAAGACUUCAGAAUCAGAAUAGCUGGUUUGUGUUUCUAUUUGAACUAAUCACAGAAGCAACAGGCUAAACGCCAUGGUAAGUUUGCACUAUUUAUGUCUCAGGUUAAAAGGUUAACUUGCUGCUUAACAAGGUGCCUCUUAUUUAUCGACACGCUAAAUUCUGGUUUUAAGUUUAUGUUUUUCAGAGACUGGAUGAAGAUUUAUAUAUGUGCUCUGUUUGUGUGUCAUUUAAAAUCCUUACAAUCUAACACGAAUCACUCGGUUUCUUCUAUUAGAAGUGUUAUUUUUCAUUCCUCUUUGUUAAAGGUGAAAUCUAACACCAACGCAUGUAACAUUUUUUAAUAAAAUGAGAUUG